GAUGCUUUAGUUGUCUGCUGCCGUCUGCCAACAGUGAGUCACAAUGAGAGUCAUUGGUCUGGUGCUUUUAAUCGCAGUACUCGCAGUUCAAGGGAAUGUUCCGACUUGUGAGGAAUCCAAAGCACUUGAGUUGACUUGCGGUGGCUAUUGCUUUAAUGUUGUCAAAUCGCUGUUAGAUCACUCAAAAGCAAUGCAAAGUGAACUCAGAUAUUGCAAUCCAAACUCUGAAUCAAACAUCGAUGCCCUGAUUGAACAAAAGUUUAAAACACUGGAGGCCAAGGUGGAGAAAAGGCUUAAGGAUUUGCCGAUUAAAUUGCCAGCUGAUAUAUAUCCCUAUGAGCAAAUCGGUUCAAAGUUCUACUUGAUUGAAGAGGGACUUUAUCUCAACUGGUCUCAAGCGAAUCGUCUGUGUCUCCUAACGAGCGGACAUUUGGUGCACCUUCAGAAUCGAAGCGAGCUGAAUGCAAUCAUCCCGCGGCUGAGCAACAACGAUUAUUGGCUGGAUAUCAACAAUAUCCUGAAAGAGGACGAUUAUGUAUCCAAAACAUCGGGCAAAGCACCGCCUUUCUUCGCUUGGUUUCCAAAUGAGCCAAACAAGGGUCAAGAGCGCUGUGUUGAGCUGCACAAUAAGUUUUCAGUGUAUGCAAUGAGCGAUGCCAAGUGCGAUUCUAGUUAUUUCAAUAUUAUCUGUGAGAAGGAAUUUCAAGAUUAGUUCAGUGCUGCAAAUGUAAUACUCUUUUCUUAAUCAUUGCUGAUUUUGUGUGGUAUGCGUUAUCAAUAAACAAAACCUCACUCAAGUAGAGUAUUAAAUAUUGAG